AUGGCGACGGUGAACGGUUCGAACGCGUCGAACGUUGCCAACGCGACGACGGAAUCCUGCGUUCUUGUGGACACGUUCGCGUUCUCCCACUUCUCCGCGGCUGUCGCGGCGGUCAUCCUCGUCUUUCUCUCCUUGUUCGAGAAGCGGACGAACCGUCGAUGUUGCUCGGGGGAAAGGGACUGCACCCGCGGGCGGCCGGGCCUGCUCGUCCCGGUGAAUUUCCUGACCACGGGCCGGGACCGCUGGUCCUACGCCUACGCGCUUGGCGCCUCCACCAACAUGUGCCUGCUCCUGUUCUUCAACGCGUUCCAGGACCAGGCUAGCGGGUUCUACACCACUGAUGAGACUACCGGGGAGUCAAGCGCAUGGAUCGACCAACUCAUAGCUCUGGCCUGCGCCGUGGAGGUGGGUCUGUGCUUCUUCCCCUUCCUGGCGUGCCUGAAGACGCGGUACCGGCUCAUCGGCGCCCCGAUCGGCCUGGGCUACUCCCUGGUGUGGCUGGCGGUGACCGUAGUGGACGCCGUGCAGUGCAUCGGCGAGGCCUCUUCCUGGGACAGCCGGUCCACCCUCUCCACUUCAGCACCGUACAUGGGGCUACUGUGGUCCCUACCAGUCAUGGUCUGCCUGUUCAUCUUAGUGGUGAAGUUUGCUGUCCUGAUGGUGCGCAGUCUCCGUGCGUGGUGUAAGGAGGGGUGCGGCAGCCUUGUGGACAAGGAGUCGGAGAAAAUCGCGCAGGAUUUCGACUUCCUGUACGUGAAGACACUUCUGAUGAAAAAGGAGGAGGAAGAGAAGCUGCCCUGGUACCGUAGGUGCUGCCGGCGUCGUCCUGAUGACGGGUUCCGCUUCUCGGCGCGCAUGACGACCACCGUGGUGGUGUCGCUACUCUGUCUGUACGAGUUUUCCGUGGCCGAGAUACAAGCGGUCAGCAUCGGGCUGGAGGUCCUCAUCAGAGUCUACCGGAACGUCUCCCAGAACUUCCUUGAGAUCAACGGCCAGGUCGUGAUUGGUGCCAACACCACUUCCGUGGACGAGGUACUCUUCGUGGCCCAGGUGUCGUGGAUCGUGUCUGGAGUGACGGCCUUCCUUAUCCACAUCGGGUAUGUCUUCAUCAUCAUGGGCGCCUACAGGAAGCACAUCCGGCUGCUCUACCGGGGAGACAGGUCCUGGAUGCCCGCCAACUACCAGCCGAGCACCGCUGUGACCAUAACAGCCAGUAUGAAAUAUUCCGGCGGCCAGAUAGCCUUCAUCCUGUGGGGGUUCAUCAUACAGCAGAUGACGUUCCUGCUGAUCUGUGCUGCCGUGUACAUCUGUAUCCUGUUCCCGGACCUGCUGCUGCGCCUGUUGGAGUACUUCGGCCCCAUGACCGCCGUCAGUCUCACCACGCUGCUACUGCAGAGGAUUCUCGCCACCGUGGUCUUCUCGCAGAGCAAGAUCAACAAAAAGGACAAGGACCGACCAUUAGCCAUAGACAACCGACGCCUGUACCACAUUACGUCCUAUUUCCUCUUCUUCUUCAAUCUGAUGGUGGGUUUCUUCUCGUCGGUGUGGCGGUUAUUGUUGGGUGGGUUUAUGGGGGCCAUGCUACAGGCAAGGAUCGACCACAGUGUGCUCAUGCGCAUCAUCGAGAACUGGGACACGGGGUUCAAGUCCUACCUGGGCAUGCUCAGGAUAGAGGUCGCGCACACGCACCCGGUCUUACUGGUCUUCAUCCAACACUUGGUCGACUCCAUCAAUGCCAAAUCCGACGCCAAGAAAGUCGACGAGGUGAAAAUGUCCAUGCAAAGCUUAGAAUCAGGAAAACAAGACAUCAAACCAAGGAAAUCUGAACUGUCGUCAGCGCGGUUCAAAUGGCUCGUGCUCUACACCAUCUUCAGAAACCCUGGCAUCAUCAACAGCAGACGAAAAAUUCUUGACAUGGAGGAGAGCGAAAAGAACGCAGCUUACGAGUUUUUAGUGGAAAGGAUCCUGGCGUCGAAAGCGAACACCGCGCCAGAGGAUACUGCUAAAUCUUACAUCGUUGAUACAAAGAGCACACACACAAGUAGGACUAGUCUGGGAAAGUCAACACAAUCUCUCAUCAAAGUGGACUAACUCUUCGAAACGCUGGGUCUAGAGUUAUUUUGAUAUUGAAAGAAAAUAUAUUUUCUAUGUUGUACUAGGCAACCAA